UUUAUAAAAUUGUUUUCUUAAGAAAAAUAUGUGUGCAAUUAUUACUGUAAUUAACAUUAUGGGUUUUUGUUAAGGAUUUAAUGUGUAGACGCUAAUUAUAGGCAAAGUCAAAUAUGCAGGAUUUAUGAAAUUGAGGGCUGUGACUGAGUUGCCUCUUCAAUUUUUUUUUCCAGCUGAGUCGAGAAGAUUAUCAUUAAUUUAAAUCAAACAAGGGUUACGUUUUCGGCUUAUUUGUAUUAAUUGUGAGUUUAAUUUCAUGAUGGAUUUGUCGAAUUCAAUGCAAAUUGUGUCAAGUCGAAUCCAGGAGGUAGAACCUGAGCAUGCCUCAAAGAUUGUAGGAUACUUGUUGUUACAAGACUUUGGUGAUCAGGAUAUGAUUCGCCUCGCGUUUAGCCCCGAUAAUGUAAUUAGAGAUGUGGCUAACAAAGUAAAACAUAUUCUUGGUUUGUUUUUGUCUAACCAACUGCUGCAGUGGCAGCAGCAACUGCAACAGUUGCAACAGCAGCAAAUGUCGUUUGCUUCAGUGUCGUCUCCACUUAAUAACCCCAUUCAGUAUUGCAAUCCAUAUCAAGGUUUUCCUGAUUUUCGGCCUUACUCAAACUCAAACAUGCCAUUGAGUGCUUCUUGGAAUGUUCAGGUGGCCAAUGGUCUUGAAGAACAGGUUCCGCGGUCCUUGAAAUUCGAGGAUGAUUACUUAAAGCUGGGUAACUCAUUAGAUUCAGAGUUGCACAGCAAUUAUGGUUACCCUGAUCAGCCUGGUUUUAGUGGAUUUGCUACUGACAGAGCUACAAGAAGGUCACGGAGUUUGAUUGAAUUCCCCCCAAAAGUUUGCCAUUACUUCAGCAAGGGGCUCUGCAAGCAUGGUAACAACUGUAGGUUCUAUCAUGGUAAUCCAAUGACCCUUGAAAGUUUUUCUGAGUUGUUGGGUCUCGGAUCAAACGAUAUUAGGUUUGGGAAUGAGAAUGGGAAUGGGAUUGAUGAUCAUAAUGUGUUCCCGGUAGGUUCACUUGAGAAACUUGAAUUAGAUCUGAUUGAACUUCUGAGAUCAAGAAAUGGAAGCCCCAUUUCAAUUGCCACAUUGCCAAUACUGUAUUAUGACAAGUAUGGCAGGACUCUUCAGGCUGAAGGUUAUCUUACCGAGAGCCAAAGACACGGUAAGGCUGGCUACAGCCUUACUAGGCUUCUUGCUCGCUUGAGAAACAACAUAUGUCUCAUUGACCGGCCUCAUGGACAGCAUUCGGUGAUCUUGGCUGAAGAUGCUCCAAGAUACUCGGAGUAUGCUAGUGAUCGAAGUGAGAAUGAUGGAAUUGUUCCAGGGUCUAGACAAAUUUAUCUCACUUUUCCUGCUGAAAGUGCAUUCUCUGAGAUUGAUGUGUCCAACUACUUCAACACCUACGGCCCUGUCCAGGAUGUUAGGAUUCCAAGUCAAGAGAGAAGGAUGUUUGGAUUUGUUACCUUUGUUUACCCAGAAACAGUUCGGAAAAUCUUGGCCAAGGGGAACCCGCAUUUUGUUUGUGGUGCUCGUGUUCUUGUGAAACCAUACAGGGAAAAGUCAAGGCUUGUUGACAGGAAUCAUGCAGAGAAGCUACAAUGCUCUAUGCACGACUCACAUCUUUCUGAUGGAGACCUUGAAUUCCAAUCUCUGUCAAGAGCCAGUUAUUUAAGGUUAAUGAGGCAGCAAUUCAUGGAAGAACACAAGGAGGCACUUGAACAGGAGAAGACUUGCCUUUCUGAAUCACAAUUACUGCCUGAACCAUCAGCGCGACUCCAAUACUUUACCAACUCUAUUGAUGAGUUGAAGCUUGCUCAAGAGUUUCCAACUUUGGAGCAAUUUAACUCCAGGUUAAACGAUCUGAACAUUGGCUUUUCCGGUGAGGACAACUUCACGAAUGUGUGCACUAAUUAUGACAGCGGAGAAAGCAACCAAGUGCUUAACCUCCCAGAUAGCCCGUUUGCAACUUCAACGGCUUACGACACAUCAACAGGAAGAUAGAAGUCAUACAAGUACAAGGUUUGUUUGUCAAAAGUGUGGAUAAAUAAUAGGUCGGUAAGUUUCUAAUUUUUCAAGACUUAGCGCCAAUUGAGUGGCUUGCUCCCUAAGAAAUGCAUCAAAAUUUUAAUUGGUGCAAUAGAUGCUAAUACUAACUGAUACAUGGAUUCGCUACUUGAGGAUCGGAGGGGAGUACUUCAGAGUAGAUUCAUACAGAAAUUGUCAUACAUCAUAUAAAAUGAAAGGUUACAUUACAGAGUUUAAUUGCUUAUAGAACAUUUCUUCAUGUAGAAUCUUUACCUUGUUGAAUGAAAUAUGAAGCAAGU